AUGUGGGCUGGAACAAGCGCUCUGAUUGGCUGAGGGCAUGGCAACUGAGUCUCAAUGAAUCAGCAGCAUUAGGAGGGUAGAGUUGGGCAGUUAUGCCAAAGAACGACUAAGGCAUGCUAUGAGGUUCGUGAUUUCUAAAAUAUUUCAGAAAAUAUUUAGCCUUAACAUGUAACCAGAAAAACAAUAAAGAUAACCAAUGAGGUCUAGAAGAACUGCACUUGAGUUCAAAGCACAAUUCAAUCUUCAGUAUACUUACAUAAACAUUUCACAUUUAUGUACACAUAAAUAUGUAUAUGAAUACAUUUAUGAAUUGGUAGGUGACUGGUAAUGGUUAUGUGGAAAGUCCCUUCCACAUCAUAACUGUUUAGAUCAAAGUCACAGAUCAAGGGAGAGUGUACCCUGUGGCUGAAGCAGAUGAAAUGAGAUACAUCAAACACUGAGUGGAAAGGAAAGCAAAAAUCAUCAAGGAAAGAACAGAGAACUGGUUGCUAAGUGGUGAAAAAGCUCUACAGACUUGCUCCCGCCUUGUUUCCAACCACCUCAGCCUUUCUCUCAGUGCUCGGAUAUUGCGUUAAGGUGCAGAGCCGUAUCCCGCUCCUUGGGGGUUUGAGAGGAAAGUCAGACAACGCACGUACAACUUCAAUUCACAGUUAAGACGACAGUCAUUUUGCCGUCUGUGUGCAGCCUGUAACUACACCGAAAUGGAUCCAAUAACUCAGUCCACCCAGAUAUCGUCGUCGCAAGGGGUUGGCGAUGGUCAGAAUUCUGCUGCCAAAGAAUCAAAGCUUAACGAUUCCUUUCUUUCCUCUUCGCCUGUAUCUCUCAUUCAGUCUCCUCAAGACAAACGAGUUGUUCUGGGCUCAGAAAAGCCCUGCGAAAGUGUAGCGACAUCCCUUCGCUUUCCAUCUCAACCUGGCACUUUUAUACCUGAUCAUUACGGGACUGAAGCAGGGUCACCUGAUGGACAACCAGAAUCACCGAUAAAAACAUCUCCUGUUUCUGAAAGAAUAAAAGCUCUGGAAGCUCUUGCAGCCAAACAGAAGGAGCCUGAUAUCAGAAGUGAUGGUGGUUUUUCUCAGGUUAGAGAUCGUCACUAUGAGAAAUCGCCCACUGAUGCGAAAAGGGUUCUUUUUGAGGCCCAAAGGUUUCCGUUCGAAACCCAAAAAUUUACCACUGUAAUCAGAAAAAUUCCCAGCGAGAUCCCAAAUUCACUGACUGACGCUCAUAAGUAUGCCGCUGAACCACAGAAUACUCUUAUUGGAAAAAGUACACAAGAUCUCCCCAAAAAAGGUGGUUCUACUGAUCUAGAGUCACCUGAAUCUCCCUUUGAAGUACUCGGAGAUUUGAGAAAUGUUAAUGACGUUGAAGAGACAGAGGAGUGGAUGAAAGCUCAUUUACCUCCCAUUCCAAACUUUGAUGCUGUAAAUGUAACUAAAGUUGCAAAGACUUCAGAGUUUUUUGCAACAAAGGAGGCAAAAGAAGAUGUUUCACCCGUUUCUGAUGCUGUCACUGCUGGUGUUCCGGAUGCAUUCCUUGAUUCUCCAGUCAAAACGGCUCAAGUAAAUGAUAAUCUUGACAUUGCACAGAAGCAACUGAGCGUUGAGGAGGAGUCCGAGUUUGACCUUAGUUUUUUGCCAACGGCAUACGUGUGGGAUCAGCAAGAAAAAACAGAUGCUCAGUUUAGGACAAAUCUUGAUUCAGAGGUUCUAGCAUCUCCGGCGAGUCAUGUAGGUUUGGACCACCCACCGUCUGAUUCCCCACCAACUGGUAUUAGCACUGAACAGCAAAUUGUCGAGGACAAGACAUCAGUGACCAGGGAACACGAGCCACCAGAGGGAAGUGAAAUGGACAGUUCAGGAGAAUCAGAUGACACUGUCAUCGAAGAUGGCGUCAUUCAUCCUGCCUCUGUUACAACUGCGUCUUUUGAACCAGAAGUUUCAAAGGACCUUGCCUCUGCUUCUGCAGGCUCCGAUUUCUCCACUGAGGAAAAGGUCAUAAUUCCACCGAAGUCUGAGAGAAAGCUAAUGCAGGUUCCAACAAUAAAUGUUAUUGAGACAGAUGAACCCAAUUACAGUGAAGAGGAGAUGGACAUUGAAUGUGAAGAAGAGAUAGAAGAUUUUCAGGUUUUGAAAGACUCCUCCACAGAGGCACCCAAAACACCCGAACCAGAGGACAGUAAAAACAGACCAACCAAGACACAGCAAGUAGAACCAGAAAUGGGGGAAGGCUACUCUCCCUCAUCUUCCCCCGUCGACUCUGAUGCUGAAUACUCGCCUAAACAUGACAAGCCUAAAUAUCUUCAAGAGGCUAGUAACCAGGAGAACACAUGUCAGCCCGAGGUGUCACAGAGUCAAACAGUUUUGAAGGAAACAACAUCUGACUUUUCUCAAACAGUAUCAGAUAAAUCCAACACUUUAUCCAACAGAUUAAUUGAUAAACCCUCACCUUUCACAGACCCAGAUGAAGAGGUGGACUUUUCUGACGGUGAUGAUGACUGGUCAGAUGAAGGUGAAACUGUGCAGGUCGCGUCUUCCCGGACAAAUUUUUCUUCGAUUCAACCUGUUUCUUGUACUAAGAACAACAUAGGCGAAAGUACCUUCAUGACCACAAAAGGGACUUCUGUAGAGACGGUCUCCAGAUCUGAUACCAGCUUCGUGCAGGGUGAUGUCUACAGCAAACUCACUCAGUCAUUUGAUUCUGAUAAUGAUGCAACUGCCACGCUGGAUGACCCAAUUAUUUACGAUUCCUCCAAAACUCAACAUGAAGCACAGAAUAUCAGCUCUGUUGAAACCAGUUUGACAAAUGAUAGUCUAGAAAAUCCAUACCUGGUUAACCUCACAUCUCGUAGUGAUGGCGAGACGCUUAUAUUCAAAGAAGAUUCAAACAGGUCUGUGAUCAACCGUCAAGGAAACGAAGAAACAUUUGAUGCCUUGGCACCUGAAAAAACAUUCGAGGCAAUGGCUACUGAACCUGAAGAACCUGGGUCAGAAGAUAGCUUUGUGGAGUUUAUGCGGGAGUGCCUGAAAUCCAGGCAGGAGGAAGAACCAGACCACCGACACCAAAAUGUUCUUUCAGAGGCCAAAAUCAGCGAGAAACCGUUAGCUAUCUCCCAGACCCCUCUAACCAUGAUUAUGGAUCUUGAACAAGAACAGCUUACCAUCAAUGCUCUCAAAGAGCUGGGAAGCAGUCAAGAGGAGGACGACGUGCCCUCUUUGCACACGACGAUUCCUGAGGAAAACAACCCCAAUGUUCCACGUGUGAAGAAGUCAACCACUUCAUCAGUUCCUACCCCAAAAUGUUCACCAAAAGGCCAUGAAUCAGGCAGCAUGAAUUCCAAAGAGAUGGAAACUAUUGAUGAGUGGGUAGAUGAAGCCUAUCAUCUUGCUGAGCAUGUCUUGACAACGAUACUAACUCACAUAUCAGUGAAAGAUCUGAUCCACUGGCGAGACCCCAAGAAGACGGGCGUGGUGUUUGGUGUGUCCAUGCUGCUGUUGCUGUCGCUGGCAGCCUUCAGUGUCAUCAGCGUGGUCUCCUACCUGCUGCUCGCCCUGCUCUGUGUUACCAUCACCUUCCGCAUCUACAAGUCUGUGGUCCAGGCUGUGCAGAAGUCCAGCGACGGUCACCCUUUCAAAGGGCUGAUAGAAAAGGAUGUCACCAUCCCCCCAGAGACCUUCCGCAAGCACGUGGACUCCAGCAUGACCUACAUCAACCAGGCCCUGAAGAAGAUGAGCCGCCUCUUUCUGGUAGAGGACCUUGUGGACUCCCUAAAGCUGGCCGUGGUCAUGUGGCUGAUGACCUACGUAGGAGCUGUGUUCAACGGCAUCACCAUUCUCAUUCUGGCUGACAUCCUGCUCUUCUCCGUACCACCCAUUUAUGAGAAGAACAAGACCCAGAUUGAUCACUACAUCGACAUGGUUCGUACUCAGGUCAACACCACGAUGGCUAAGUUGCAAGAGAAACUCCCCGGAGCUCUGAAGCGCUGCAAAACCGAAUGAUCGCUGCCUUUCCCCUCUUUCAAUAAUAACGAGAAAAAAAAAAAAAGAAAAUCCUCUGCAUCGUUACCACCAUCAUCACCAUCUAACUUCCCAAACCCCCCCAUCCAGUUAACCCCACCCCUUUAGUUCAAACCUCUCCUCUCACCCACCAUCACCUUCUCCACUUCACUGAACCUUGCUAGGUAGAAAAAAAAAACCCUCCGAGCUACUCAAUAUUAAAUGUAAAAACUACUGCGCAGCUUAACUUUGCGAGCUUUAGAGAAGAAACGUAUCUGCCAGGAAGCGCAAACGCUAGCGUGGAAGUGAUGCAACAACAACAACAACAACAAUAACAGCGUAGGGCGGCGGACCCAUGUCAGCGUCGCAGGAGGACAAAUAGGGGAGGGGGGGGCGAGUGAACUAGACUGAAUCUAUGACCUGGUUUGGGGUGGAGUGUAUUUAUAGGAAUUCAAUGUCUGUGCACAAAACACACACACACAAGGCCGCAAACACACCAUUUUUACUGCAAAGGAGAAGGAAUAAAAGCAAUUUGGAGACGUAUGGUUAUGGUUAGUCGACCCGUUGUAUGGGAUAAAUAUCAGUUGAUUUCUGGCUCUGCUCAAGUUAAGUUCGUUCGCCUCACGGGCAUCUGUGUUCUGUACGUUUCUGCAAUGCACUGAAGUUUGAUUUCUGAAACCCCGUCGGCAGGGUCCAAUAAAAGAAGCUGCAGCCAGCUGUGAUCAUUUGGUCUAGUCCACUGUUUGGAUCAGUUCUCUCUCUCUCUCUGUGUGUGUGUGUGAGUGUGUUUCUGUGUCUGUUUGUGUAAAUAUUUACUGCUGAAGACGACAGGAGGCCACAGAAUAGAGAACGUGGUCGCCUCGCUUUUUUAAAAUCCAACCGCCGUUUCCUCACAGAGCUCUCCUGUCCAUCCACUGGGUUUUGACAGCUCACCUCCACCUGUACAAUUAUAUGUGUUUUUCCAUCUCAUUUCUAUUGUUACAACUAUCUUAUACUUAGCUAUAAAUUAGAACAGCCGCUCGCCUACUGGCCAGCUUGACGGCUUUGUUUGCGAGUUACGUUAGUGCUAACGCCUAGCUGGAUUCCUGACGUGAUGGCUAUGAAAACCCAACCCUGUCUCUUGUCAUGACGCCCUCCCGCCCCCCCAGAAAAUCUCUCGGCUCAGACUGACGGCUUGGAAUGCACUCACGCGCAUUUGCAAAGCGCCUCCGUCUUAUUUAAAUUUUUCCCUCCUCUUUAUUCAAGUGUUUCUCAAGGUCAUGGUUUAAACCUCCUUUUGUCAUUUGUCGCUGUUUCUGCGACACUCCUUUCCUUCCCGCUCUUUAGUUACUGUAGCAACAAUUGGAGAAAAAGGAUAAAUGAUCUUUUUUUUCUGGCCUGCAGGUGGAGCCUUUCUUCCUAUUCGUCCAUUGCGUCUCCUUAAGCAGAUAUUACAAACCUACAGCGACUGUAUUACGUUAAGGCACGAGUUGCGAUUUUGGGAUCAAACCGUUGAACUAGCUUGCGGGUUAAACGGUAGUUUCUCCGUAGAGUGUGAAACUGGAAGUUCCCGUUAACUCGGACGCGUCUUCAGCUGCAGAGUUAUAGCACAGCGAGGGUCAAGGUUAGGGGCAGAGGGAGGCAUUGAAACGAUGAAUACAGUGAAAGAAACCUUGGUUUUGUUACCAAGAAACAUCGCAGUAUUGUUGAUAAUACAAUCGAGGAGAGAACUACAUACUGAGUACUGUAUCACAUCUGGGUACCCUGACAGGAAAUGUACCACAAAUUGUAGAGUACAUGGUGUUUUGUGACUGUAGGUAAGGCUCCGAGUCCUAGAUGUUUGGUUAUUUAUGAAAAAAAAAAAAAAAAAAAAGUAAUUAUUGCAGAGUGAACAACUAGAGGUUUUCUUGGAAAAAAAACAAAGGUAAACUUCAUCGGUAUAUUAAUUGAUGACACAUUCAAUUGUUUUGACAAAAUUAUUAUUAUUGGCGAAAUUAACAUUAUUGGCGUAAAUAUGUAAUGAUUUAUCAGACUAAAAUUUUAUAUCGCACAAAAGGCACAAAAAUGUGCAGUUAAAACAUAGGUUAUUUACACACGUUGUGGGUAAAUGUUUUUGUUGCACUUAGCCAAAUCUCUCAAUUCCACUACUACGCAUUUCUCUGCAUUUUAACGUAUUAAUAAUUCCAACAUCUGGAUUAUUCAGAGAUUGGAAUUAUUGUUGAAUUUCCGAUUAGUCCCACUCGUGAUUAAUUGCAAUCACGAUUAAUCGUGAUCAAUUGCGAUUAAACCUAGUUGGGAUUAAUAGCGAACGCAAUUAUGGUUAAUAGUGAUAGAUUAGAAAAUGUUACCGUUCAAGUUUUUGAACAAUAUUCUGACCUCCAUCCAGUCUUGUCUGCUGUUUGCCGAGAGAUUUUCUCACUCUUUUUCUUUUCUUGGUGUUUGAAAUGCGAGGUUUGCGUAAAGGCUUGGAGAAACUGAAGCAGCUUGAAGUGAUUUUAUUCUCGAGCUCUGCGUUUGGUCGCCGUGUUCUUUUUCGCCAAUGGCUGAUCAGAGCCUGUCGUAACGCGGUAGUUGUUGACGCUGUAGGAGACUCGCCUCUCUUUAGGCUGUAUCAUAUAUUUCUGAUCGCGACUUUUCUUUAAUGAUAAUUACUUGUGAUCGUUUCGAUGGUGUUUUUGAGCUUGGUUUAAAAAAAGAAAAGAAAAAAGGAAAAAAAAACAAGUUAUAAGUGAGCACCACAGCUACAAAUCGAUUUUGUUUUUUAAGGUCGAGUGAUAAGAGAGAAAAUGAAGUUGCGAGUUUGUCACCGCGUCUGGUUGUGUGCAGAACCUAGAACACCGUGCAUGCACGCUCUCCCCUCAACUCUUAACCCUCAACCCGCCCCUCACCCCGGGGGGGAAAAAAAAAACACCUCUGUGUCCCGACUCCGUCGCAUGCGGCAUCUUCUCUCGCAAAAUCCAAAUAUGCACUGUUUCUGUUCUAAGAUGCUAGCAGCUAGCCUAGCCGCUCACUUUUUUUGCCGUGAGCUGCCUUAGGCUGUGAUGCACAGACUAAUGUUAUUACUCAUCACAUGUAUUUAUUAUAGUGUAAAGAAGUGGCAUAGUGUAGUUUUGAGAGGCUACGUGUCAUUUAAACUACUGGAAUACUUUCAUAAAAAGUGUUUUUUUUUUUUUUUUUUUUUUUUUUACAAAGGGUCAGUUCAAUUAUACAGUAUUGCGAAAUGAAAGCAUCCGAACUCGUAGAUCUACAUCUACUUUGGUGACUUUGUCUUUUUGCCUCUUAAAUUAGACUUAGAUUCAGGUUGUAUUUAAUGUUGUAUUUAUUAAAUUGUUUAAACAGUUAGACAGUUGUUCAGAACAAACUUAGUUGGAAGAUCUACCCCCAAUGGUUCCAAGAAAAACUCAACAACAACAA